AUGAGCUACCUGGCUCUCCUGGGUUUCUUGUGUCAGGCCACUGAAACAUUGAUCUUUGCCUAUUUGACCUCAGUGUCAUUGGCUGCCUCCCAGGGCCUUUUCCAAAGGCUGGAGAAUGUGGGUGCUCUCAAGAAGGUUCCAUGCCAUGGGCGGAUUCCCAGUCCCAGCACUUUCUGUCACAGUGCAGUGGAUGCUGAGAGAGUGUAAUUCUACCAGAGGCUGUGUAUCCAGGACUGCCCUUACACUGUCUCUCUUCCCUACACUGUUCUCCUAGAAGGCCUCCGGAGCUGCCUCUCAGCAGCCCACGAUCUCCAUCCUUAUUAUGGAAGCCACUCCACAAACUUUAUAUUCAGAAGUCACAAGAACUGCCCUUCUCUGCAAGCUCCAGGGCUGGCAGCAGAACUUGCCGCAGCUGUGUGGUGGAAGGCUGAGCAAGACGGUGUGACGUGUGUGAUGGGAAAGACGGUGGAUGGGCAGAUUGUGUUCAAAGUUACAAUAUCUGAGAAAGAGACCAUGUUUUAUUAUCGCACAGUAAAUGGUUUGCAGCCUCCAAUAAAAGUAAUGACACCAGGGAGAAUUCUUAUGAAGAAAUGGAUUCAUCUCAGUGUGCAGGUACAUCACACUGAAAUCAGCUUCUUUGUGAAUGGUUUGGAUGAGAACAAGACAGCAUUUGACACAAGAACUCUGAGUGGUUCAAUUACAGACUCUGCCUCCAGCGCAGUACAAAUAGGACAGAACUUAAAUGAAAUUCUUUGCUGUUUUGAAUGUGAGUCUGAUGAAUCCAUGACUGUCAGAGAGAUUCUGGAGCUCUUUUCUGGAGACCUCCCCCACUCAAUCCAGUCACACUGUGGCUGCCCUGACAGCCACCCCAGUGCCCACCCCUCGGUCCAGAAGUAUUGCAUUCCCAGUUUUGCAGAAGAUAGUCCCCAUCAUCAACUGUCAUGGUUGAAUCCCAAAGCCCAUCCUCUCUCCUUCAUCGAUGAUAAAAACAUUGCUGCUUCAUGGAUUUCCCAUGUGUUCACAAACAUCACGCAGCUCAAUCAAGGAGUGAUCAUUUCUGUAGAUUCAGAAAAUGGACAGUAACAGGUAUUUUAAAUCAUCAUUCACUUCUCCAGCCCACAGCCUGUAGCACUAAGAUCGAGGAAGGAAGCAGGCUGCUCUCCCUGGGAGGACUGGCGGUAUUCUGCUAGAAAUAACAGUAUUCGGGGAAUGAAAGACAACAGAGAUUUGAAAAAUACUGAUUCUGCCAACUGCCUUCAGUUUCCUGAUAUUACCUCAUUUCCCCAUGGUAAUGUCUCCUUUGGCCUCCUGACACCUGGACCUGGCCAGAAGCAGCUUCCAGGGUAUGAUGACUUCUACAAUAGCUCACUGCUUCAAGAGUUCAUGGAAGCCACUCAGGUGAAGCUGUACCUCCACAAGCAGUAGUGUCCAGCCGAGCACACUGCUGACUUGAGACAUAGACACUACGCAGUGGAUGACAUCACCAUCAGUGUGUGGCUUGCUCACAUACACAGGUGCCAAUGCCAUGGACAUGCCCAGACCUGCGACCAGACCAGGCGUCCUUAUCGAUGCUUCUGCUCUCCCCAGAGCAUCACCGAAGGGCCUCAGUGUGGGCGUGUUGAUCGCUGCUCACCCCUUUAUAAUGACAAGCGUUUCCACAGUGGUGGCCUUGUUCAUGCAUUCAACUGUAACCCCUGUCAGUGCCACAGCCACGCCAGAAGCUGCCACCAUGAUGCUUCUGUGGACCCAUUUCCUCUGGAGCACAGCAGAGGAGUCUGUGAUGACUGCCUGCAUCACAGGACAGGGAGAAACAGUGAGUCCUGCCAGGAUUACUUUUACCGGCCCAUUGGUGCAGAUCCCUCUGCCCUGGGCAUCUACAAGCCCUGCGAGUAUAACCGCACAAGGUCUAGAAAUGGCAGUCUCCUCUGUGACCUGAUUGGAGGCCAGUGUGAUUGGAAGAGACAUGUGCCUGGGACACAGCGCCUUCCAUGCCAGGAUGAAUUCUUGGACCUGCAGGCAUUGGAUCCUGAUGGCUGCCACCCCUGGAACUGCAAUCCCUCCGGGACUGUCGAUGGAGACAUUACCUGUCACCAGAAUUCAGGCCAGGGCUUGUGCCAAGCACACGUUAUUGGGCUUAGAUGCAAUCGCUGCUAAUUUGGAUUUAAAUUUCUCCAGAGUAUUGAUGAUGGUGGAUGUGAGCCCUGCCACUAUAACCUCCAUAGCUCAGCAAACCAGCUCUGCGAUUCACUUCCUGGGCAGUGUGCGUGCAGAAAAAGGUCCAAAGGAUUUAAGUGUGACAUUUGCAGAGAAAACCUUUACGGUUUGGCCAGCAGCACUUGUAAGGCCUGUGACUGUAACAUGACUGGCUCCCAAGCUGGGACCAUCUGUGAUGCCGAGACAGGACAGUGCAUCUGUAAGUCCAACGUUGGAGGGAAACAGUGCAAUCAGUGUGUGGAGGGGAGCUUCAGUCUACCACAGAAAGAUUCCUUCCUCCUUUUGCCUUGCAACUGUGAGAAGACCAGGACAGUAGAUGGCUCUCUGUCGCAUGACAAAUCAACGGGACCAUGUCUUUGCAAAGCAGUAGUAACAGAUCUGUGCUGCCACCAGUGUGAGCCUCACAGGUUCAAUGUGACAAUGGGCAGUCUUCAAGGGCAUCGGGUGUGUGAGCGCGAUUCCUUGGGAACAAUACCUGGAAGCAUUUGUGACCUCGUCAGUGGCCAGUGCCUAUGUCGGCCUCAUUGGUGAGGAAGAAGGUGUGAGCAGUGUCAGCCAGGAUUUUGCAUUUCUCCUGGCCAUGCCACUGGCUGCCUGACAUGCUUAUGCCACACAGUUGGAACAGUGAGCUCUGUCUGCAACAGUGUCACUGGUCAGUGCCCUUGUCGUGACCCAGCCACUGGGAAGACAUACUACCAGGGUCAAGACCCUUACUUUGGAUUUGAUCCUGAGACUAGAAGGGGCCAGCCUUGUCAUUGUCACCGGGCAGGAGCCUUGAACAAAACUUGUGAUGUGGUCACAGGCCAAUGUUUCUGCAACCAGCGUGUUGCAGGCCCGAAGUGUGAUACUCGAGUUCCUGGUGCAAGCCACUUGGGUGCCAACCGUCUACUGGGCUGCAGCAAAACUCCGUCCCAGCUACCUCCACCCAGAGCACUGGUUCAAAGUUCGUACUCUAUCAACUCCUGGAGUCCACCUGUUUUUCCCACUGCCCACCAGCUGGCUUACACUCUGCUCAGGGAUUGUUCUGAAAUCUAUACAACCAAAGAUCAACUUCCAUACCAUGAGGACUCAGAGAAGAAAACAGAGAAGUCAGUAGGGAGCUGUGACCUCAUGACAAAGUCUUUGUUCUCAAUUUGCUCUCCCUGUAAACCAUUUCUCCUGCGGGAUAAUUUCCGGGUGCUUGGUCGCAGUCUGUCAUCACUCACAUCAUAUUCAUAUUAUGUAGAGGCCUCUAGUGUUCUUGGUUCAACAAGGAGCAUCACUGUCAUUUAUACUGCAGAGCUGGAGGUCUCAGAAGAACACUUGAACUUGACGCAUACCAUUUCUGUUGGCUCUGACUCUGGUCCUAUAGAGGAGGAUGGUUUAUCACGCACACCCAUGGACAGUGUCGAACCCUGUGUCUCUUACGAAGGUCAGGAAACCCCAGCUACCAGGACUCUAGCUCCAUUCAACCAGUACCGUUUAUCUGUACAGGAAUGUACUAGAGGAGGCUGUUUACACACCUUGCCCAUUGUAGUAACCACAGCCCAGGCACUGCCCCAAAGGCUGCGGCCACCUGCAAUAUGGAAAAUCAGUUCCACAGAACCCCAUGUAGGAUGGGCUCUAUCAGGAGCACAAAAUGGUGUAAUUGUGAGAUUUGAAUCAUCCAUGAAGAGAUGGCUAUCUACUAAGAAAAGCUGCAUGUUUCGGAGCAGUGGUUGGCCUCACCUAACUUCAAAGUCAGCCAAGAGGAGUGAGAACGUGUUGCAGCCUCCCCAAGUCAACGUGCCCAUCUCUGGCUCAGGGCCACACGCAGGGUAAGCCUUUAGGGUCUUAGCUGUGAAUAUGGCUGCCAGUGUGUCACCUUCCCGGGCCUCAGAAAGAAUAGGAGAGUCAGCACCUCUGUUCAUGCUCCCCCUUCAGUCUCCCCUCGCCAUCACACUCAGUGUCUCCUGGGAGAAGCCAGCAGAAGGCUUUACAAAAGGAGAAAUUCUAGGGUAUAACAUCAACAUGGUUUCUGAACAGUCCCCCCAACAAGAUGUUCCAGUGACGAUGUGUUCAAAGAGUGUCUUUACCUUGAGAUACUUCUAUUUCACACAUAGCAGUUUGCUGUUGUAUUCUGCCAAGUCCCAAAACCCGUCUUACAUCAUAAAGGGACUCAGACCUUAUAGGAUCUACAUCUUAUCUCUCUGCAAUUUCAUGGGCUGUGUAACCAGUGCUUCGGGAGCAGGACAAACUCUAGCAGCGGCUCCUGCUCAGCUGAGGUCUCUUAUGGGGACAGGCAUCACCAGCACCACAGUCCAUCUCUGGUGACUUCCUCCUGCAGAAGUCAAUGGUCUGCCUCAUGUAUGCUCCCUAGAAAGGAGGGAUCCCUCUCUCCCAGUUCCCAUGGCUACGGUGACAGAGGGAACCUGCUUCCUGGGAGAUGGUUACUGCAGAUUUCCCAGAAUGGCUCACCCAGAUUUUAUAGGCAUCAAGGCCAGCUUCUGGACAAGGAUGCCUGAAGGGCCGAUCAUCCUUGAGGUGUCCCCUAACAACCAGGAAGAGUAGUUUGCCCUUCCGCUGAAGAAUGGCCGUCCAUAUUUUCUUUCCAAUCACCAGGGAUCAUUUGUUGGAGUCACCACAACCAUUGACCAUGGUAAACAAUACAGUGAUGGCCAGUGGCAAGAAAUCAUGCAUCAGGCUUUUGGUCAAAUCAAUCUUGAUGGACAGCACACAGACUCCUCGGCUUCUCUGAAAGGCAGCACCAUGAUGGGUGGCUACAGGAGACUCUUUGUAGGUAGUCUGCUAAGAGAUCACACCAUCCUCUGAGAGAGGCUCGGAUUCCUGGAGCUUCCAUCAGAUACAUUUCAUGCUGGAAAGGACUUUGAGAUUCCCCUGAAGUUUCAAACUAACCAACUAAAUGGAUUGCUCCUUUUCAUUCAUAACAAAGAGGGACCAGAUUUUCUUGCUAUGGAACUGAGGAGCAGGCUGCUCAGAUUCCCGUUAAAAUCCAGUCUUAUCUUCACACAAGUGGAUCCCUGGUGGGGACCGGCCUGUUGUAAUGGAGUCUGGAAUAGUCUUAUCAAAAAGGAAGGCUCCGUGGUGGCAGCUCGCAGGAUUGGGCUCCUGGAGCCAGCCUUGCAGGCUGCAGCCCAGACUCUGCGGGUGGAUUCCCCUGUCUAUGUGGGUGGGAUCCCACAGGAGCUGCAGGACUCCUACAGCCCUGGGACUCUGGAGCAAGGGUUCCGCGGUUGCAUGAAGGCAGUCGCAUUUGCACGGGGUGCUGUCGUUAACUUGGCAUCUGUGUCCAGCCGUGCUGUCACAGUGAAUCAGGACGGAUGCCCGUCAAGUGACAGUGCUGUUAACUGUGGGGGAAAUGACUCCAUCCUGGUUUACUGGGGAAGCCGGCAGAGUAUUUAUGAGAGCAGGCUCCAAACCUUUACAGAAUACCUGUAUAGGUUCAUAGCCUCCCAUGAAGGAGGUUCUGUGUCUAGCGACUGGAGUCAGGCACAGCUGUCCUGCUGCAUUGGUCUGAACGCUCCACAGAGUGUGCCAACUCCCUCAAGAGCCCAGAGCAUAAAUGGAUAUAGCAUAGAAGUGGCCUGGGAUGAACCCGCUGUGGCUAAAGGUGUCCGGGAGAAGUACAUUCUAAAAGCCUACAGUGAGGAUAAGCCCCAGGCCCACAUACCCUCUGCCUGUGUUGGGUUCAAUGACACCAGCACUCACACAGGCAUACUGAGAGGACUGCAUCCCUUCCAGAGCUAUGCAGCGACUCUGACGCCUUGUUCUCGGGCAGGCUGUGCAGAGAGCGCACAGGCAUUGAGCAUCCCCACUCCACAAGAAGCACCCCAAGAGGUUCAGACACCAGUGGCCUUGUCCUUUUCCAAUUCCUUGUCGUUGUCCUGAAGUCUACCCAAACAUGCAAAUGGGAUUGUUACAGAGUACUCCUUAGACAUGGAUGUUCUCAUCCUGGUCUACACAGGCGAAGGACAGAACUACACCAUCACAGAUUUAGGCAUCCUCACAGCUCACGAGACUGUCCUUGACACAUGCACACUUGUGGGGUGCACAAACAGUUCCCAUGCCAUCCUGCAGACAGCGCAGCUACCCCCAGAACAAGUGGAUCCCCCUACUUUCACUGCCCUUGGUUCUAGAACUCUGCACAUCCAGUGGAGACAACCAAGGGAACUAAGUGGAAUUAGGGAGCACUGUAGAUUAUAUACUUUGAAUCCUAUACAUACCUCCACAGUGUGAAAUAUUGUCCACAACAGCACCAAAAACCUCCAAGCUCACACGCUCCGGCAUCUUUCUCCUGGGUGUCUAUACCUCGUCAAGCUGGGACACAGCAUGUGGAUGUGGGACCUGACAAUUCAGGUUACACAUAGGUAUGUCACUAAAAAGCCAAACAGUGUCCGAAGUCGAUUUUCAAAAGCUAAUAGUGAAGUCCACACUGUUUCCAAAAUAGCUGUACACAUGAAAACCAUGAACAGGCUCGAUUGCUUGGGAGCAACCAAGAUUAAGGAGAAAUUGCUGAAAUGCUGGGUUUCAUCAGGAGAGUCUUUUCUGUCAAUGUGCUCAGAGCUCACUGAUAGUCACUUGCUGUCGGGCAGCAAGCUCCAGCCCAGCCAGGCCCUAAUAAAAGAGAGGGUUCCAGAAGGUGUGCCAGGCCCCAGAGUCCACUCCUAUCCCCCAGACUCCUUUAAGGUCUCCUGGACUAAGCCUGAGUAUCCGAAUGGUGUGAUUACAGCUCACAGCCUAUAUCUGGACGAUGCACUCCUUCACAAAUCUUCAGAACUCAGCGGUCUUGCCUAUGGAUUUGAUCCUGGGAGCUCACACACCUUCCAGUUCCAAGCAUGCAUGGCCAAGGGUUGUGCUCUGGGCCCAUUGGUGAGAAGCUGGACUCCAGAAGUUCCUUCUGAAGGCACGGUCAAUGUGCCUGUCAAAACUGAGGGGCCCCGAGAAGCCCAUGUGAGUUGGGAAGUACAUCGUCACGCUAAUGGAUGUUUAACCUACUUAGUCCUUUUUACCAGAAGUUUCUAUGCAAGUCAAGGAGGUGGUAACUACACCCUCCUCAGUGGCACAAAAACCAUCCUCAGCAGUGAAGGGAAACAUCUCCGGAUGCUGGUUCACGACUUGGUUUUUUGCUCACACUACACGGUCCAAGUGAAUGCUUCCAACAGCCGAAGCAGCAUCCGUGACCCUGUGUCUGUUGAAAUACGUCCAGCGGCUCCAGAUGGCCCGCUGUCUCCCAGGCUUGCAGCUGCCACUCCAACCCGUCUUCAGGUUGUCUGGCCUACACCAGCUCGCAACAACGCUCCGGGCUCUCCCACAGACCAGCUCCAGAUGAGGCCAGGCCCCUCCACCCACAGCUUUCUAGAGUGAGCAUAUUCCCACCUAAUUUUUUUUUUCCCCAAUCCUUCUGCAUCGUUAAGCUAUGAAGUGAGUGAUCUCCAGCCGUUCACAGUAUAUGAGCUCCGCUCAGUUGCCACCGAUGGCUUUGGCAGCAAACACAGUGCUUGGACUCCACUCAUGACUGCAGAGGACAGGCCUGGGCCAGUAGAUCCUCCAGUUCUUAUGGACGUGAACUCGAGAGUGAAGUCAAUCGUUUGGCAGCAGCCCGUAAAGCGAGAUAGGACUAUUACCCAUUAUCGUAUGUACUGGCAUGGCCGUCUGUACUUCAUGGCCUCGGGGUAUCAGUUCCAGGUGGAAGCCUGUACCUCCAAAGGGUGUUCCAAGUCACCAGAGUCUCAGACUGUGUGGACACUCCCAGGAACACAAGGUAUCCCAAGCCCAGAGCUGUUUCCAGACACUCCAACAUCUGUCAUUGUCUGGCAAUCCCCCAGCAACCCCAGUGACUUUACUGAAAACUUUACAAUCGAGAGACGAGUCAAAGGGAAAGAGGAAAUUAGGAGCCUGUCACCUCUCUCGAGAAGUCAUGCCAUGAAAUUUAUUGACAAGGAUCCUACCCUCAGCCCUUGGACACCAUAUGAAUACCGGGUUCUGGGGAGCUCUCUUAAUGGAGGCACAAGAAGCAGCGGCUGGGUAGAAGUUUCAAAAAUACCCUCCCGGCCUGCAGGAGUGCAGCUGCCCAGGGUCCAUGUCACCAGCCCUGCUAUCUCUGUCACUUGGAAAGCCCCAUUCCUCCAGAACGGAGACAUACUGAGCUAUGAGAUCUGCAUGCCAGACCCUCUCAUCACGAUCCCUAACAGAACCUCAUCUCAUCUCUUUCACUAAUUACUUGAUCACAAUUGCUGUGCUUGCUCCAGAGGGAAUGGGUACCUACGAGGGUGCACGGAGAGUCUCCCUACCUCUGUCACCUCCCAUCCAGCCCUGCCUCAGGAACUGGCCCCAUCGUCUUUGAUUCCACUAAGCAAAUCUUGUGUUGGGAUUUCUUGGCAGCCACCAUUCAAGCCAAAUGGACCAAAUUUGAGAUAUGAGCUUCUGAGACGCAAAAUCCAGCAGCCACUUGCUUCAAAUCCCCCAGAAGAUUUAAAUCUGUGGCACAAUAUUUAUUCAGGAACUCAGUGGUUUUACAAAGAUAAGAGUCUUAGCAGUUUUACAACGUACGAAUAUAAUCUCUUUGUGCACAACAGCUGGGUGGGCUUUAUACCAAGCCAAGAAGUGGCAGUGACCACCUUAGCAGGCUUUCCAGAGAAAGGAGCCAUUGUCACCAUGAGCGUCCUUAACCACCCAGCCAUAGAUGUGAGAUGGGAGAAACCAACUUUUCAAGAUCUCCAAGGUGAUGUGGAAUAUUACAUACUGCUUUGGAAUUCUGGGGCCUUGAACAAAUCCCUGAAAAUCUUCCCAGAUGUUGAUUCUCAUGUCAUUGGCAUCUUAGCUCCAAAUACGGAGUGUCAGAUUUUCCUCUCGGUCUUCAAUGAAGUCCGUGGAACCAACAGCACAGUGGUACACAGGGCCACAUGCAAUGAGGAGCCUCGGGGCAUGCUUCCUCCAGAGGUUGUCAUCAUCAACAGGACAGCUGUACGUGUCAUCUGGACAUCCUCUUCAAACCCAAAUGGCAGUGUCUCCGAGUCUUCCGUCUAUGUAAAUAAUAAGCUCUCCGAGCCUGGAGCGGAUGUGCCGGGGCUGUUUAUUCGGAAAGGCCUGUCUCCCGUCACUAUCUGUGACAUUCAGGUGGAAGUCUGUACAAAAGAUGCCUGCACGAAAAGCAAUGGAACCCAAGUCAGCACUGCGGAAGAUACUCCAAGUGACAUUUCAAUACCUAUAAUCUAUGAUAUUACUUCAAGAUCCCUUCAAAUAAAUUGGAUGACACCAAGAAAUCCAAAUGGAAUCAUUCUCAGAUAUGACCUUUUAUGGAAAACAAGGCAUCCAUGCUCUGAAACCCAGACAUUAACAGAGAGGUUCCAUGAUGAGCUAUGCAAGGUCAAGUGUCAACACCCUGAAAAUAUCCGUGGGGAUACUUGCUGUUCUCCAGGAACUAAGGCUUGUUGUGAUGGACUUCUCUAUGACCCUCAGCCCAGAAAAAGCAGCAGUGAACAGAGACACAUCACGGCGCUUCCAAAUUCCACUGCAGUUUGUCGUAGGGGUCGAAUCCUCAAGGCACGGCCAGAUCACCAGUACUGUUCUGGGUAUUAUGCUAGAGUUCUCCCAGGGGAGGCAAAUGCACACCCCAGACAAAGACAGGCGGCAGCUCACGGAGCUCUUACCCAGGGUGGCUCAUCUGGAUGUCUCUAUAUUUCCACUCUGCCUGGAGUGCUGUGUUGUGGGCAGGAUUAUGUGAAGAUGUCAGAUACCAUAUGCUGCUCAGCUUCCCACGGAGAGUCUAAAGCACACGUUAAAAAGAAUGACCCGGUGCCAGCGAAGUGCUGUGACACUGAACUUAUUCCAGAGAGCCGGCGAUGCUGUAAUGGAGUUGGAGAGAAUCCUUUGAAAUAUGUUUGUCCUGACCAGAUUUCGGCUGCAAUGGCGAUGAAGGUUGGCAGUGGGGUUUGCCUGGCUGCCGGCUGUGUAGGGACCCACAGGGGCACUGACCAGACCAUCCUGGUGAAUUUAGUUUCCAUUUCAUGGGCUCCUACAGAUGAGGCUUUGAAAGUUCCCAGAGCUAGGAAGACACAAACCCGAAAUGCAAUCCAAGCCUUUCAGCAUCUCUGUCCUUUCUGGAACUCAGAGUUAUGGGUAGCUGUCUGCCCAGCAUCCAUGGAGGCCACAGCACACUGUGGGCAGUGUGACUUCACUGCCACCACCUAUAUCUACCCUGUGGCAAAAGGACUUUUCAACCCCACGGGGAGGGUAGCAACGGAUGGAUUGUGUUCUUCAGCAGAGAAAACGGUUCUUUCGGGACAUAGUGUGCCUUUUGUCUUUGCAGACGUAGACCUUGAGCCCAGUACUGUGUAUGGAUACAGGACUUCUGCAUGGAACAGCUAUGGGUGAGGAUUCAGCCAGCCUAUUAAAGCCAGCUCAAGAGAAGAUGCACCUCAAGGAGUCAGGGCCCCUCCAUAAGCCAGGAUGGGCACUGAAGACGCAGUUUUCUUAAACUGGACAAGCCCAAACAGUCAAAUGGCCGUUAUUCACUACAUUCUUCCUCGAGAUGGAAGGGGGCGAUUUCGGGGACCAGCGCUGAGUUUCACCGACACAGAGGGGAUCCAGCCAAUCCAGGAAUAUUUGUACCAGCUGAAGGCUUGCACAGCUGCCAGCUGUGCAGCAAGCUGUAAAAUGCUCGCAGGUACCACCCGAGGCAUCCCUGAGAGUGUCUCACCACCAAACAUCACAGCCCAGGGCCCAGAGACACUAUGCCUCAGCUGGAGUGUCCCUGAGAAAACGAAAGAUGUCGUUAAGGAGGACCAGCGCUGGCUGGAUGGGCGAGGGCUCAUCUCCGCUGACACUGGUGACAGCAGGCAGCAUACGGUCACAGGUCUCCAACCACACACCAACUACAGCUUCACCCUCGCAGCUUGUACGUCUGCCGGAUGCACCUCCAGUGAGCCCUCUGUAGGUCAGACCCUGCAGGCUGCCCCUCAAGGAGUUCGGGUGACACCUCAACACAUUAUCAUCAAUUCUCCCACCAUGGAAUUACAUUGGAAUCCUCCAGAAAAGCCCAACGGCCUCAUUUCUCAAAAUCAGCUGAGGCGUAAUGGAAGCUUGCUUCUCGUGGGUGGCAGUGAUGAACAAUUCCCUGAUAAAAACCUGGAACCCAACAGCAGACGGUACAUUUACAAGUUAGAAACAAAAACUGGAGGUGGCAGCAGUGUGAGCAAGGAUUUCAUCAUCCAGAUGCUUAUGUACCCAGAAGAUGUCCAUCCCCCAUAUAAUGUCACCGUGCUGGGCUCUGAUUCCAUAUCUGUGGCAUGGCCAGCCCCAGGAAUCCUGGUUCCCCAAAUUCCAGCAUCCUACUCAGCGGUGGGGUGUGAUGCCUUCUCUGUUGGACACUGUCAAUCGGCCUAUCUGAAAAACUUAGUUCCCACCACACAGUAUGAAAUAAGAAUACAACAAGCCUGCCAAAAUGACAUCCUGCUGAUGCUGAGGAGGAGUCUACUUUUUGUCUGGUCGGAAGGAGCUCUUGAGUUCACUGAUGAUGCAGACACUCUGCAGCCUUCUGCACUGUGUGAUUACCGAAUCAGAGCCUGGAACUCCGAGGGUGUGGUGGACAGCCUGUGGUCAUCAGUACAAACCAUGGCCCCCGAUGAAGGUCUCUCAGCACCAUGGGCUCAAGUCACCAGUGCUCAUUCGGUCCUGCUAAACUGGACAGAACCUGAGGUCUCCAAUGGCAUUAUCUUCCGGUACCAUUUAAUCUACCAAGAAAGACCAGAGGAGUCAACACCUAGCAACUCUGCCAUCCCUGCUUUCACAGUGACGGGAACAAGCCACGAAGCCUAUCUUUUUGGGUUAGAACCAUUCACAACAUCCCACGUGGGCGUGGUCACUGUUAACAGUGCAGGACAGGAGUCAAGCCCCUGGACUCUGAUUAGAACUUUAGAAUCUUCGCCAAGUGAACUAAUCAACUUUCCAGCUGACCUGAGAGAGAACGGGCGGGCUUUGCUGCUCCAGUGGACAGAGCCAGAGAGAAACAAUGGCAUCCUGCAGGCACACCAUGUCUUCAGCGAUGGGCUCCUGGAGUAUUCUUGCCUGGGUCGACAGUUUCUCUUCAGGCUCUAGGCCCCCUUCACCCUCUCCACUCUGACCCUCGAGGUCUGCACAGCAGCAGGCUGUGCUCACUCAGAGCCCCAGCCUUUCUGAACAGACGAAGCCCAUCCUCCAGACUCUCAGUUGGCUCCUACCAUCCAGUCUGUGGGGUCCACCACUGUAAGGUUACUGUGGGCUCAGUCAGCUAAGCCAAACGGGAAGAUAACUCAUUAUGAAGUGAUUCACAGAUGUUUGGAGAGAGAGGCUUGGGGAGAUGGGACAACUCAGGUGGAUGAAAACACUGUUUUCACAGAAUCCCACAUGGAAGGGACAGACUCCUGGGUAUAUAAUGACACAGGUCUACAGACGUGGAGGCAAGAUGCCUAUAGAAUCGGCACGUGGAAUUCUGCAAGGCACACCUGUAGCUCUUGGACUGUGGCAAGGGCAUUGUGAGCUCCCCCAAAAGGCCUUGUUUCACCUGAGAUACCCCAUGUGUCUAUGAAGUCCCCCAAACUGCUGAUUUCCUGGAUGCCACCCCAAAAGUCUAAUGGUGCUACCCAGUGCUAUGAACUUCAGAGGCAAGUGCUCCAUCCAAUCGGCUUCAAUGCUAGCACCUUCAACUACACCGACAGCCAGCUGCUUCCCUUUCCAGCUUACAGUUACUCAGUCCUCGCCUCCACCAAUGGCAGCUGCUGUACCAGCAAACCCACCACCAUCACCAUUCCCGAAGCGCCUCCAGGAGGAGUCAGCCCUCCAGUUCUUCAGGCCAUCGGUGCCAGCCAGAUAAACGUGUCUUUGUCCCCACCAUCAAUGCAAAAUGGAAAUUUGCUUAGAUGUGAUGGUCGGAAGUACACGGCUGGGCAGGACCUGUCCUUUCUGGUUUCCAACCUGCAGCCUUUUACUCAAUACAGUAUCUCCCUUGUGGCCUGCACAGGUGGAGGCUGCACUGCUAGUGUGUGCCAGAGAACAUGGACCCCCCUAGUACUGCAAGUCACAGGCUCAGAACCUCCAAGAAACCCACAUGGCCAGAUCAGAAGUUAUGAGCAUCGGCGAGAUGGAGCCACGGUGUAUUCAGGGCUGGAAACUCGCUACCAUGAUUUUACCCUCGCCCCAGGUGUAGAAUACUGCUCCUCGGUGACAGCCACCAACAGCCAGGGAAGUGUCUUGAGUCCACUUGUCAAGGAUCAAACCAGCCCCUCAGCCACCUCAGGCUUACAGCCUCCAAAGUUGCAGGCCAGGGAUGCUCUUGAGAUCUUAGCAGAUUGGGACUCUCCAGUGAGGACAAACAGUGAGAUCAUCAACUAUAUCUUCACCCAUGAGCUGUUUGAAAGAGAACCCUGAGUGCUGUGAGCUAAUACAACACACAGUUCUUUUGAUAAGCAGUCACUCGCAGUCAAAGACCUGAAGCCAUUUCGCAGGUAUGAAAUUCGUAUCCAAGUCUGCACCGCCAUGGGAUGUGCCUCCAGCGACUGGACAUCUACCCAGACCACAGAGGUACCACCCCUGAUGCAACCAGGCCCCCUGGAGGUGCAGACAGCUGCAGGAGGGUUCCAGCCUAUGGUAGCUGUGUGGCGGGCAAGACCCCGCGAGCCCAAUGGAAAAACCAUAUGCUUUGAAUUAUACCAAAGACAAACAAAAACCCAUCCUGGAAAGGCCAGUCCAUUGUUAGCCCACAGUGGAAGCUUCAGCUCACUUAUGGAUUUGGAGCUACUAACUUUCACAGAGUAGGAGUGGUAUUGCUGGGCAGUAGAUUCUGCAGGCCAAGUCCCAAGCAGCUGGACUUGGUGUAGAACUGGACCUGCCCCCACAACAGGUCUCAAAGUGCCCACAUUCCACACCCUCUCCUUUACCCAAGGUAAGACACCCAAUGGGAAUAUCAACCUCUAUGGACUCUUCUCCAGCUCCAGCAGGGGGACUCACACCAUGCUCUCUGAAGGCACAGCCAUGCAGCAGACCCUUUGUGACCUGAGACCCUCCACCACAUAUACCAUUGCAGUUGAGGCCUGCACCGGUUUCAGCGGCUGCAGUAGAGGGCCAACAGAGCUGAGGCCUCACGCUGCCCCACCCUUGGGGCUGUCUCCACCUCAGGUGCACACCCAGUCCUUCCAGUGGACGCCCCCUCAGCUCCCUGCUGGUGUCAACCCUGACUGCUCCAGCUAUGACCUGCAGCUGUGCCAGCCCUGUCCUCCUGACUCGGCCCCACCCUGCCCUCCCAGCCACACAGAGAUGAAGUAUCGGGGCCCUGGACAUAGAGCCGACCUGAUAGAGUGGCAGCCCCAGGGCGCAAGUGUGGUCCAUAGUGAGGCGGGAAGCAUGACUUCCGCGGGUCCCACAGGGACCAGCUUCACCACCAGGAAAGGAAAGCCUCAGUACCAAGCCCUGUCUUCAGUGGACAGCGAUGAAUCCACAGUGUGUGUAACUUCCCUCCCGAAUGGCCAGCUAUAGGAAUACAUGGUCACUGACAGAGGACAAUGGGUGUACAGUGACCUGGACACCGCCCUUUACACACCAAAGACAGUUACUCAAACUUUCUUCUUUCAGGUCACCUGCACAACAGACAUCGGAAGUGUUAGGACUUCAUUGUUCCGGUACGACGCCACUACUGGAUGUGGUAAGCAUUUCUCUUGUCUUGCCUACCUAGUGCUGACAACUCCUGGAGAAAAGAAGGGAGCAGGGACCAAGAGCACAGAGUUCUACAGUGAGCUGUGGUUCUUUGUGGUGAUUGCCUUGCUGGGACUGAUCUUGCUGGCUAUUUUCCUGUCCCUGAUUCUACAAAGAAAAAUCCACAGGGAGCCAUGCAUCAGAGAGAGACCUCCCUUAGUGCCUCUUCAGAAACGAAUGACUCCACUGAGUGUCUACCCACCAGGGGAAACCCAUGUGGGAUUGGCUGACACCAGAAUCCCUCGGUCUGGGACGCCUUUGAGCAUUCGGAGCAGCCGAAGUGUGUCCAUACUGAGGAUCCCAAGUCAAAGCCAAAUCAGCCAGGCCUACACCCAGGGUUCUCUCCACCGCAGCGUCAGCCAGCUCAUGGACAUUCCAGACAAGAAAGGCUUGGCGGAUGACUCGCUCUGGGAAACUAUUAUGGGCCACAGCAGUGGACUGUAUGUGGACGAAGAGGAACUAAUGAAUGCCAUCAAGGGUUUCAGCUCGGUAACCAAGGAACACACCACCUUCACCGACACCCACCUGUAA